UUUAAUCUAUUCAAGCAAUAAGUUGCAAAGAUCUUUCAUAUUAAUACAUUCUGUUUAUAGUAAUUAGUCUAUCAAUAAUAGAAUUUGUAAACAAAAGACGAGUUUUUACUAGUUGAAACUUAAAAAUAACAUAAAAUUAAUUAAAAGUUGCAUAAUGAAACUGUCUAUUGUUCUAUUUAUAAUUUGGAAUGUAACAACUGUGAGUAAUGUAUUCGGUUAUUCAGUACCAGAACCAACUAUAGAGAUCCUUAAUCCUCAAGGAUUAAGAAUUUAUAUACCACAUGAAAAAGGAAUUGUUCUAGUUGCAUUUCAUCUAAACAUUGAUAAACCGAUUGCUCUUAAUCUGCUUGGAGAUUAUUCAGCCGAUAUCACCCAGCCUUCAAAUGAUCGUUGGUUAUUUCAAAUUUCCAAUAUUUUCAUUGAACCUGGAAGUAAAAUCAAUUACUGGAUGCAUGUUCAGUAUGGAUCGUAUGCUUAUAGAAAAUUGGGAUCACAAGUAGCUGGAAGAGCAACAGUGGAUAUUUCCGAACCAGAAUCAAUAACAACAAAUUCUUCAUUUUCAUCUGGAGAGAAGUUGCCAAGUGAUUGUGAAAAAUCAGUAACCACAGUUGGGCGCCAUCCAGUUUGUAAAGGUCAACUUGUGUUUGAAGAUCAUUUUGAUAGACUGAAUUGGACCAUGUGGAAGAGGGAAGUUCGAAUUCCCAUUGAUUCAGAUGAUUCAGAGUUUGUAUCAUUCCAAAGCAGAUCAGAAAAUUCUUAUGUGAGCAAUGGUGAAUUACAUAUUAUACCAAAUUUGUUAUCGGAAACACCGGGAUUUAAUGGAUCAUUAAUUCGAACUGGACAGCUUGAUUUAAGAGCGGAAUGCACAGCAAUUGUUGAUAUGUCAAAGGAAUGCCAGCGAAUAGCACAAUUCUUUCAAAUUCUUCCACCAGUUGUAACAGCGAGAAUCAAUACCAAAGAUUUUUUCACCUUUCGUUUUGGAAGAGUUGAAGUAAGAGCUAAACUACCUAAAGGGGAUUGGCUGUUUCCAUUAAUAUUACUUGAACCAGUUGAAAGUUAUUAUGGAUUUACGGAGCAUUCAUCGGGUCAAAUGAGAGUUGCUUUUAUUCGAGGUAACGAAAUUCUUGAGAGUAAAACUGGAGAAGAUCUCUCUGGUAAACGAAUAAUGGGUGGAGUUGUACUAUCAUCCGGGGAAGAACUUCGUGAUACUUGGCUAAAGAGUAGUCUCAGAUCAUCACAUAUGGGUGAUGAUUAUCACAAUUAUACUCUGAUCUGGGAAGAAGAUCACAUUGCUUUGCAAGUUGAUGGAAACGAAUAUGGUUUUAUUCGUGGUGGUUUUUCAAAACUAACUCGAACACAUAAUCUACCACAUGCAUCACUUUGGAGUAAUAGGCAUAAGAUGGCACCUUUUGAUAGAGAGUUCUUUUUGACACUUGGUGUUGGUGCUGGUGGACAUUCUGAUUUUCCAGGUGGUGUUCUUAAUGGACCAAGAAAAACAUUUAAGUCGUGGAGUAAUCACCAUCCAAAAGCUGAAUUGCGAUUCUGGAAUGACCGAGAAAAUUGGUUGAAAACAUGGAGUGGCGAUGAAGCUGGACUACACGUAGACUAUGUAAAAGUGUAUGCUUUAUAGUUAAUUUGUAACAAAUAAAUGGCGUUUCUUCUUUGUAUAUACAA